AUGGGACCCUAUCGUAUCUCCUCAGAUUUCGUGAUGGAUCCUAAAUGUACAAAUGUUAGCAUAUGUGAUGCCACCGAAGUUGGAGCCUCUCAGUUGAACACGCCCAGUCAAGUUGAUGAAUCUAAGCUAGGCACACCCCCGAGUGCUCGGCGUGUGGAAAUUACAGGAACGGAACCAACGUAUAUGGCCCUAGCUGCUACUGCCGCUUCACCGGAGGGCGUGGCUCAAACUGACUACAAAAUCAAGCCUCCACCAGCAGUUAAACAUGAUACCGAGCCCACAGAGGUGAAAAUACCUAAAUCGCCACCACCAGAGAACCGUUCGAUUGCUGUCCCCCAGGUAGAAGAAUCUCCCAGCAUUCCCCUCCCACAAUCUCCAGUCAUGUGUUUGCCGCCGCCGCCUCCUUUGUUACCGCUGUCACCAAGUCCACCACCUUCGACUAUUGGAUCGUUCAGCAACGUCAUUAACUUGGAAUUUCAUCGACUCGGUGAUUUCACCGAUUCAGAUGUACCAUCGUCUUCGCACGAACAGGGCUUUCACACCAUUUCUGAAAGUGAACCAGAGCCCGUACUUCCGACCAAGCCCAAAAAUACUGCCAAUUCUCGUGUAUCCGAUCUACCCAGCCCUCCUCCACCACAGUUCUUCUCGUCCGAAUCAGUUCCCACCUAUGAUUCCUACUCAGUAACUGGACAGCAAGGCGCCCCUAAAACGAAUGGUUAUUCAUUGAAUGCAAACGGCUUUAUAACAAAUCAAGAUGCCAGCAAUGAACGCGUUAAGUGUUGGAUUGAUUUCAAGGAUGCCCUUUUCCGUAGCAGUGUUCCAAUACGUGUGGAUCUCAGUUCCCGUUCAGAUUCGGACAGUCUUGUGAACCCGGAAACGUUAAGAAACAUCACGCCAUCGCCAGAGAUACCAGUCACUCCACCUCCAGCUCCAUCUUCACCGUUGUUGCCUCCUCUAAGCAAUAGUCGUGAGCAAAAUCCACCGACUAAAGNUCAGUGA